ACGUCGACUCCACGCGCGAAGUCAUAUGGACAUGAGCGAUCAGGCUUGCAUUCCUUCUGCUCAUCGGCUGAGCGUCCACGGCGAACUGAAGGGUUAAGGAAAAGUUGAACAAGUGAGUGACGGUCGAUGGGAAGCCGGCCAGGUUAGUGAUUGCUUCCAAGUAUGGUUCGUGAGCGAUAUGGCGACGAGGAGCAAUACUGCCAUCUACGACGAGAUAUGCCACCCUUUCCAUCAGAGUGUAUGGCAGCUUUUUCGCAACUCGGAAAUUCUGAACAUUUAAGUUGGUGGAAAACUUUGAUUCAAGCGAAAUCAUGGCGAUAUUAAAUAGAUGUUUGUGCUUUGACAAUGUCCGCACUGGCUCCUUUGCAAGUGGAAUUUAUACCCUGGUCUAUGCCAUGGUGGGCUUUGUGUAUUUUGCUGUUAUCAUUGUUAUAACAAUAAACUAUGAGGAUUCCUCAAUGUACUACGUGACGUCCAUCUUUGGCAUGAUCUUUUCGGGACUGGCCUUCAUAACGGCUAUAUUCAUGGUGAUUGGAGUCCACCAAGAUCUCAAACCGAUGCUGAUACCGUACAUUAUCAUCAAGGCGCUCAUUAUCUUACUGCUGUGUGUGCUCUUAAUCGUUUACAUCGUCGACCUUACGAAGAUCUUUCAUGUGCUCAAUCUCUUGUUUAUUCUGAUGAUGAUGGCAAUCAUUGCUGUCAAUAUUAUGUGCUUCCUCUGUGUGGUGUCUCAGUACCAAGAGCUCAAAGCAGGCCGGGGAAUGGGUUACUGAAAUAUCACCAUUCAAGGAGGAAAUUUUCUCCCUUUCACUUUUUUCCUAUGGCGGGCGCAGGAUGCAUUUCUCAAUCUCAUCCAACAAGAUCGAUUGAUUUCCCUUGCCAUGGGUGUAGCUGUUCGUGGACUUGUUCUAUAGAUGUUGAUAAUAUAUAGAUAUGUAGAACAGGUGUCACUGCGAAAGGUUCCGUUGAAGGAGUUAGAACUGCAAUGUACUCUCUGAGUGUGAAUGGUAAUUGUCUUUUUUGUCUAGGCUGUGAUCAAAACCAUAAAACUGGUCACAAUGAACAACUUGUGAAUUGGAACCAUUCAGAGUCGAAUCGAGGCAAUUUCUGUUCUUCAACCCUGAAUGGAAGUUUACUGAGCCAACACCCGUAGGUCAAAAUGCUUUCUGAAGGAACAUUGUGUCGUUCCAGGAAUAAAAUCCAGACCUGUCAAUUACAAACGGUCCAUUCUAAUGCCAUUCUGUAUUUUUUCACGAGCGGUGUUGAUUUGCUGACGUGCACGAGAACCAAUUUACCACUUGCCCACAGCUGUGCAGACAGUAUACAGGCUAUAUUUGAAAUUUUGUGCAAUGCUGUAUGUGUUGUACUUUCCAAGUUAGGAAAAAAACGAUGCAAUCACUUUGCAAUAGUGCAGUGGGCAGUUUAGUCCACUGUUCAGUCACGGUUGUUAUGUCGAUUGGUUGAAUCAAAACAAUUUCAAAAAUAUUACAUUUAUUAUGUAAUGCAUGAUUUUAUUAUUUGAAAGUACAAGGGUGUUUCCGUAUUAGUAGCACCACUAACAUUUUCUUGUUCUCGGUACAUAAAACGUACCUGUAGUCUCCCGUAUACUUCGAUCGGUCUAAGGUGUGGAUCACACUUGCAUCGUAUGUAAGCUACGGUUGCAUAAGUACAAAGGGGUGGCUGUAACUAUGAAGUAGUUACCCGGCACUUCUUAUCAGCCGAUAAACUCUCAUUUCUUUCCGUACUAAUUAGCAGACCGACAUGGUUUGCAAAUAGUAAAGCGUCAGACCUAUUCCUGCUGACUGAGGCUCUUCCCACGAUGCUGCCUGCAGAUGACUGGAGCACGUUGAUGCUGGAUGCAUGCUCAUUAUAGGGACGAUACACUAUCAAAUGGGACAAUGGUAGUAUAGUGUUUGAGCAGUUUGGUUGUUGAAACAAAAGGAAAUAAUUUUUAUUACUCUUUGUAAGUCUAAGUGCUGCCAGGCUAUUUUAAAGUAAAUUAUCUAAUUUGUGAGUUAGUUUUGAUAAAUUUUAAAAUCUGAUUUCAGAGAUAAAAAGGUUGUUGAUAAACAGCAUGAACCAGAUGUGAGGAGAGUUGCAUAAUUAAAGUACAGACUGCUGUUAAACCGUA